AUGUCGAUCCCGGCUGACCAACGACUGCGCGUGCGCUUCGGUUCGUACACUGCGGCAGUGUUUGCAUACAACACUGCAAAUUCAUGGAUGGUUGUAGGAGCUACCAUGGCAGUGCCGCUGCUUUGUGGUGGCAACUAUGGCCUCUUCUGUGCAGUGAUUGCUGCUGUCGUAAUCAUGGCCAUUAUUCACAUGGGCUAUAUGGAGUUGGCCUCGGCCUUUCCUUCAGCAGGUGCCAUUGCAUCGUGUGGUUGGUUCAUGGCGAAGAUGGUUCUCCAGCUGAUUAGUCUUUGGCACGCCGAUUACGCCCCAAGCGUAUGGCAUGCCAUGUUGAUUCACCUCUUUCUGUGUGCACUUGCCUUGGUCUCUAGUACACGUUUCCCUACUUUCAUCAGGUUUCUAGGUUCUUUCACCUUGGGAUUGUCGUUAUGUGGCUUUGUUGUUUCCCUGAUUCUCGCUGGCUUGGGGCAACUGACCUGGUGGCAAUCUGGCGGGUUCCGGAAUACCAGCGGGUGGCCUGAUGGAUGGGCAAUGAUCAUUGCCAUUACCUCCAGUCUAGCAGCCUUCUCUGGUCUCGAUUCUCCAGCUCAUCUAGCAAGAGAAAUCCGAGUUCCAUGGUUCAUGGUCCCCAAUGCCAUCGGUUAUGCUGGAUCCUUCUCUGCAGGGGCGGCCGUAUCGUGGGCCAUUGUUCUGGGCCUUGGUAUCACGGACAUUGAUGCCGUUGCACAGGCCGAAUUGCCUAUCCUAGAAGUUUAUAAACAGACUUCCGAGGCCGCGCCAAACCCCAAGGCUCUGGUAACCUUCUGGGCGCUCCUGUAUCUUGUGGUGUUCUACAAUAUGCUCCUUAACCUCUUCAUUUCUUCGGGUCGCGUCAUUUGGUCCUUUGCCAAAUGCGGCGGCCUCGAGACCUCGCAUCUCACCAGGCUCGACCGGGGCAGUCCUCUCAGGGCCUCCGCCCUCAUGUUCGGCCUACAGAUCCCAGCUAUCUUCCUAUUUUGCAUCCCAGGUUUCACUCAUGCCUCCUUGGCUAACCUUGCAGUGUUCUUCCAGAACAUCACGCUCGCUCUUCCACAAGCAGCGAUAUUCAUUCUUGGGCGUGGGCGUCUAGCCACUAAGCGGUCGGGUUUCGGAAGUUAUGGAUACGCCAUCAAUGCUGCUUCUACUCUGCUUGUGGCCUUCUUUUCUGUCAUUUUACUUUUCCCUACUUCUAUGCCGGUUACAGGACGCACCAUGAACUAUAUGGUUGUGGUUGUAGCCAUUCUUGUUCUGCUAGUUCCACUUCGCUGGUCGCAGUUCGGGUUUAACGAGACUUUCAGUCCUCAGAUUAAGGAGCAGGUAGAGGGAGAGGAAUUAAAAGAGGAUCCUGUCCAGCAAGAGACUCAGGAGGCGCAAUCCGAAAUGGUUUGA